GAAGAACUGCGCAUACUCAGUGAAUUUAAAAAAAUAUGGCGCCUGUCUUGACGACAAUAACAGAGCAAUGGAUACGAGAGAAGUUACAUCUGAAUCACCACUGCCUUGCGGAUGUCCGAUCACUAAUUCUCCCAGGUUCAUACAAGGAGAAAAUCAGACAUCUGGGAAUUUCAUUGAAGAACUUCGUCCGUUUGAAAACCCUGGAUCUCUCAUGUAAUGCGCUCAUCUCUAUCGAGGGUGUACAGCACUUAGAAAAGCUGGAGAGGCUGAACUUGUACUACAACCAUAUCCCCUCCAUUCAAGAGGUGAAAGUGAUCUGCAAGCUGACCACUCUGAGAGAGCUGGAUCUGAGACUCAACCCUCUAGCCAAAACAGAUCCACAGUAUCGCCUGUACUUGGUGCACACAUUGCCCAGCCUUCGCAAGCUAGAUGACUGUCCUGUCAGGGACACAGAAAGAAGACUUUCCCUUAUGCAUUUCUCCUCUGACUCUACGACUGGUCCCCAACUGACGAGCUCCAUGCGGUCAGAGAAGUCUGACCAGAGGGGCAGUGAUCUUAGGAUGGCCUCAGUAAAUCGUCUGACCAAGAAGCUGUCUAUCCUGGAUGACAGCGAUGACAUUUUAUUGAACCUUGUUGCUAAGAGCAACUGGGGCCAAAGUGAAACUCAGAUUCUCACUGGCUCCUUUCACAAAGAUGCAGAAUCACAGUUGUAUCAUCAGAUCAAAGAUUACUCUCGUCAUACCCAGUCCCCUGGUCCACAUUUGAAAGAGGAAUCUCUUAGGAGACGCUCUCCUGCCUUAUCGUUAAAAACAUCAGAGGGACCUAGGGUGACCUUUAACCCCACAGUAGAGAAACAUAGCACGGCUAGGUCUGGAGAGGAGCGAAGGAAGCUGCCCAAACAGCUGAGAGUCCCAGCCAAAGGCCACUUCACCCCACAUCCUGGUCUAGGAGUGCAGCCUGACUGUCCCUUAGCGAACAUUCGCCCCCCCAGCCCAAGAAGGCCCUGUCCCACUACAUCUGACGCCUCCAACCCCGUCCUAAAUCCUCCCAGACUGUCCUCCAACCCCAUUCUACAUCCUCCCAGACUGUCCUGCAACAAUGUCCAGCGAACAGCAGGGGGCUCUGCUUUGCCACAGAAGGGAAGUUACAGGAAACCGAUGGAGGCGAUGCUGGGCCUUGUAGAGAGGCACUGGACAGGGAAGAGCCCACUAAAUCAUGACCUCAACUUCCUCUCCCAGGCAGUCCAGAUCCUGUCCAUGAUGGAACAUGAGCUGUCCGGCCGAGAAGACGAGGUCCGGAGUCUGAGAUGUAACGUCAGAGAGCUGAAGGAGCAGGCUGAGAUACAAAGCCAGGACCACCGUACCGAGACCCACGGCCUCACCGCGCAGCUGGAGGAGGCACACAGCGCGGUUGACAGCUUGAAUGAGCAUCUUAGGGUGGCACUGGAGGAGAAUGUCAAUCUACAGAAGCAGCUGAUCGAAUUAGAACACCAGCAUCUCAACUCUAUGAUGAGUAGUUCACCUGACACUGUGAUAGGCCUAUCCGGGAACCAGGAGGAGGUGGAGGAGCUGAUAAAGGAGGUGGCAGGACUGAGAUUGGAGGUCCAAUGGGGAGAAAGUCAAGGAGCUGGCUGAUAUGCUACAGGAGAGCUAUAUGUAAGGACAUAAUACAGCACACAGAGUAUCACAUGGAGUCAAGGAAAACAUUCUAUCUUCUCAGGACAAUACUCACAUAUAAAACUGAUGUGUUUUGCCUCUUGAAAAGUAUUUGACUUGAGAUAAUGCAAAUCUUAACACGGUUGGACUGAAAGCAUCUUAAUUUGGCACUAAUUACGGAAACGUUUUCGUUUUCCCCAUGUACAGAUAAACACCCAAGGGCUUAGUUAAAUUGUUGUUGGUGUUUAUGAUUAAAGUGGUGUUUCCGCUGGUUGCGUCCAAUGAGUGUUUACUGGGAGAAUUGGGUGGGAGGAGUGGCGGUGACAUGUCAGAACCACAACAACCAGCAGGCUCACAACUGCCAAAGCAGGGCCACGUUCAUUAGGUAGAUGUUAGGAAACAUUCUAGGUAGAAGUGUCAUGAAGAGCUGAUUGCUCAUCCCAGGGUUUCCCAAAAGUUUUUCAAGCCCAGACAGAUUUUUUUUAUUGUUUUACACAUUCACCCUCUUCAUUCUUCUCUUUCAAGGUUUUAUUGACAGUUGGAAUUAGAGGUAACGUUAUAGUCAGUCUCAACUCCAACUCUCCAAUGUACCUACAACGUUAAUCAAAUUAUCUUUUUGCUUUGGAGUUAUGUUAUAUCGCAAGAAGUCGAAUUUGACCAUAUUUCACCCGUGUUGCAUUUUUGAAAGGUUAUUACCGUAGCAACAAAUUGGACCAUGUAUCGUCUCAGGGGUUUUAAAACAAAGACUUGUGAUGGACGUUCAAGGCUUUCUUAAUUAAUGCCCAGGCAGCUCCUGGGUUGUGCUUCCGAGUACUGUCUGUCAAUCAGAGUUGCACCUUGGUGUAAAACUGACUUGAAAGAUGGGAAGUGGAAAGUAAAUUACUGGUUUCAAUGCCUGGCGGGUUACCAGGACAGGAAAAAUAACCCUGACACACAUUUACUAGAAUCGGUCAGAGCCGUCCUGCCCACAGAAACUGUGCCUCCUUAAUUCAACAUUAAAAUACACAUAAUAAAGUUAUAGCCUAUAGAGAAUGAUGUAAUUACAUCAGGAAAUUGAGACAUAUUGGUGAAGGUUGGAGACUGGUAUUGAACCCUGGUCCCAGACAGGCAGUGUUACCACUGGACCAUGGCUCACAUUUUAACCCGAACACGGCACCCCUGAUUCAUCGAGUCCAAAGACAAUCAACCCCUUGACUAAUUUAAUCAGGUGGGCCAAACGUUUGUAUCUGCAGUGGUCUCGGGGUUGAAACCCCAUGUUAUUCUACAUGCCAAAGAGGCAUGUUACACAACAUUGUCCUGUUGAUUAAGGAGCAUAAAUCCAACUCCUUUGGUUUUAUGUGUGCAUACAAUAUAGGGAAUGUGAUCCAGGCUGUUGCUUUAAGGGUUUGAUGUCGAGCACAUACAGUAGAUGUCCAGUUUUGACAGAUUUCUGUUUUUGUAUCGUACCUUGUUCUGUAUCCAUUCAACUCUGCUCUGUACAUUUGAAUCUUGGUAUUUAUUAUUGUAUAAA